UGAUUUAUUUAUUUUAAAACUAUUGCCAUACGGCCCAUACCCAAAAUAAGUCAAAUAUUGCAACGAGAAAACACGCAAGAGCUAAUGGGCCGAUAUUUAUAGGCCCAUUAUCCACCAUUUGAAACAUUAGUAAGUGAUCGAUCGUUUUAGAUCUUUUGGUCACAAGACUCGCAACGAACUGAGAGAAUCAAUCAAUGGCAACUCGCUCGAUCUUCCGUACCAUUAGCGGUCGAUUGACUGUCGGAACCAAUCCCAUUCGAAACGUCGAAUCUUUUGCCAACCCGUACAGUGCUGACGCGGCAAUCGGAGGCUCAAUCGUCGAGGAUUCUGAGGAGAAAGACGAUCUGAGGAGCAGGAUUUUCAGAUUGAGACUACCGAAGCGGAGCGCGACGACCGUUCUCGAGAAAUGGGUUGGCGAAGGGAAUCAGAUUACAGUCAACGAACUUCGAGAGAUCUCCAAGGAGCUCAGAAGAACUCGCCGUUACAAACACGCUCUAGAGGUUACAGAGUAUUUGGUUCAACAUGAAGAAACUAACAUCUCUGAUGCUGACUACGCAUCGCGUAUAGAUCUUAUCUCAAAAGUCUUCGGAAUCGAUGCAGCUGAGCGCUACUUCGAAGGCUUGCAACCACCUUCAAAGACACCUGAAACCUAUACCUCUCUCCUCCACGCUUACGCUGCUUCCAAGCAAACCGAACGAGCCGAGGCCCUGUUCAAGAGAAUCAUCGAGAGCGAUAGUCUCACCUUCGGUGCCAUCACGUACAACGAGAUGAUGACUCUGUACAUGUCGGUAGGGGAAGUUGAGAAAGUAAGGGAUGUUAUCGAAGUGAUGAAGGGCAGAAACGUUUCCCCUGACAUUUUUACUUACAAUCUCUGGCUGAGUUCAUGUGCUGCGAGGUUUGAUAUUGAUGAGCUGAGAAGGAUUCUUGAGGAGAUGAGGCGUGAGGGCGGUUCGAACGAGGGUUGGUUUCGGUAUAUCAAUCUUACUAGUGUCUACAUAGACAGUAGUCGGUUAACGAACGCAGAGUCUAGCUCGCCUGUUGAGUCUGAGAAGUCUAUUUCGCAAAGAGAGUGGGUCACGUAUGACUUUCUUAUGAUUCUGCACACUGGGUUAGGAAACAAGGGUAUGGUAGAUCAGAUUUGGAAGUCUCUGAGGAACACUAACCAGAAGCUGAGCAGCAGAAGCUACAUAUGUGUUGUUUCGUCUUAUCUGAUGCUUGGUUGUUUGAGAGAAGCUGGGGAGGUUGUGGAUCAGUGGAAGGAGUCUAAAACGACGGAGUUUGAUGGUUCUGCUUGUUUGAGGAUUUUGAAUGCUUUUAGAGAUGUUGGGUUAGAGGAAAAAGCUAGUGAGUUUCAGUUGCUUUUGGUGGAGAAGAAAUGUAGCUUGGAAGACGAGAUAUCAUAAGAUUGGGGUCUCUUGAGUUAUAACUAGAACCAAGUCAAGCUCAUUAAUAAAAGUAGAAGUGUCUCUCUUCACUGUGAUUUUGUGUUUUUUUAUUAUAUACUUUUUGCUUUGGCAUUUUUUUGUGAGACUUACGUCUUUCUCACGGCACGAUGUUGCUUUUGACCUAAAGAAAGGUUCCACUAUUACAACUC